AUGUCGCUUCUGGACCAACGACUGUCUCGGAUGCAGCAAGACCAUCUCACGGUGCGGGAAAAGACCGGCAUUUUGUGGCACGAGAAAGAAACUACUGACUUCCAAUCCCUGUUGAACAAUCAGGUCAAUGCGUUGAAUCUUCUUCUAACCGCGCUUCAGUGCAAAUCCAUCAUUGAGCAGAGCCUAUUUCUGCAGAGGUCAGAGACUCGGGUGGUAUUCAACCGCAUUAAAGAUGAUACCUCGUCCUUACUCUGGCUGAGAGACUCGGAUUCGGAGAUGACCAAGAAAAGCACGGUUGCUGAAGACCUAAGCUUAAUAGAAACAAGAUUCGCCUUCGACUCAGACCUCUUCAGUUCGAGGGUUUAUUGCUCGGCAGCCAGAUCCACCAUGGUACAUGCGCUCAAAGGGACCACCGUAAAGCCUUCAUAUGAAGAGGAUAGUAUCGUUCCUGACGACAAUGCUACAGCGAGAGCAUUUUCCAUUCUGAGCAAUGAAGAAGCCAGCAGCAUCUGGAAACCUACAGAAUAUGGACCAGAUCAUAAAGACCCCACCCACAGCAUCAAUGCAGGGCGGGCAGGGGUUCUGAUAAAAGGACUAAGCCGGCUCCGCACUGCUCCCAGCUUGGUCUCAAACAUGCUACCUACCAGAGGACGAAACCAGGCUACAAAUUCUCUUACGGUGAGACAAACAAGAACAAGUAGCCAGUGGCUCUCCUCAAUAGCUCUGCGGGACCUUUGGGGCGGAGAAGCAUCACCCGAUCUUUGUGCUGGAAAAAACUCUUUAGAAGCUACUCAUGUGGCACCUAUCCCCCAAAGAGUCCUCUUUCUCGGAUCUUCUAAGACCGGCAAGUCUACAGCUAUGAAUGUGUUGAACCUUCUCGCUGGGUGUCCCUCGGAUGUUUCUCGGCUAUUUCCGUCUAGACUUACUAUCCUUGAGUCAAUCAACGACCAAUUGCGCCAGAUCCUAGAGGAUGGAGAAGGAUUCGCCUGUGCCGGAGGCAGUGGUGAUCUGGAAUACACAGCAAUGCGCAGAAUCACCAUGGCGCGGUAUACCAACGGGCCGUCAGAGGUGAUCUUCUGUGAUACCUCAGGGAGUCUUAGGGAAAGAAGAAACUGGUACCUCGUAUUUGGUGGAGCAACAAAGGUCCUGUAUUUUGUAGAUGCAGGGUCGUACGACCAGCGGUUAACGGAAGAUAAUAGCAUAAACCGCCUUAUAGAUGACUUGACGCUGUUCGAGACCAUAUGCUCGUAUGGAGCGCUCAGCCAUGUGGAGAUAGUUCUGUUUAUUCAUAAGAUGGAUAAGCUGGAACGCAAGCUGAGGAUAACGCCGUUUCCUUGGAGAGGCUUUGAAGCGUGGGGGACGUUUACUGGAGACCCCCAGUCAGUUGACGAUGUCAGGGAUUAUCUCUAUGACGCUUUCUCGACCAUUGCGCAAAAGUCUAGCCGCUCUAUCUCUGUCACAUUCACCAGCUUGAAGAAACCUGAAGAAUUUGGCAAGACGGUCUUGUCAUAUUCCUCAUCCCUCGUUACCAUGGUGUGA